AUGCUCUCCAACAACGACAUCACAUCCCUAAUCCGCGACACCGAGGCUCACGAACGCGCUCUAUUCUCCGUCCCCCCUCCACCUUCAGCCGCCACCAUAGCGUCGAAACCCUCCAAACCGUCCGAAGCCGAAGCCGAAGCCGAAGCCAAGCCCAAGAACCGCCGGCAAACAGUCUUCAACGUCGCCUCAGGCGAAGUAACGACAGGCCCGCCAACGCGAGGGGCGCCUCAUCGCCGGACCGCCGUGGCCGCUGUCCUCGGCGGCGAGAUGCACGAACAGCUCCGGCGAGGCGAGACGGACCGCAAGGGCGACCUGGACGUGGAAGUGCUCCUGCGCGGCGCCGAGAAGCUCUGCGGAGUGUAUGAAUUGCCAGGGGCUCGCGAGCGCAUCGUGGCGUUGCGGGCCAGGCACCGAAAUGGGAAGAACACAAUGGCUUACUAUGAGGCGAGAGUGGCUGAGCAGGCUGAGCAGCUGGCGAGCAUGAAGAAGGACUGGAUGGAUCAGGACAAGGACAAGGAGCAGGACGCGGAUGAGGCUCAGCAAGGCGGUAGUGAUGGGUGGACGGAGGAGGAUUUGAGGAGAGAGGAAGAGGAGGCGAAGCAGAUGGAGACGAAGAAGAGGGAGUUGCAGGCGAGGCUAAAGUCUAUGGAGAGGGAUAUUGGAGGGCUGAGGAACAUGUAA